AUGACAUCGGCUGCGGCCUUUGUUGAAGGGGGGAUUCAAGACUCCUGUGGUGAUACUUGCAGUAUAUGUCUUGAGGAGUUUUGUGCUAGCGAUCCUUCGACUUCUGGAUAUGACCAGGAGGAGGAGGAUCUUUUCACUGUUGAAGAUAUUCUUGUUAUAUACAUGCAUAUACCUCAAUACUUGAAGGAUCCUACUAGUCAAGGAUCGUUUGAGGCAGUAGAGCAGGAGAGAAAGUUGAGGGUUAACACAUCAAGAAAUGCUAAUAUUUUCCGUCACCCUGCCUUUAGUGAUUUUGAAUUGGAGCACUUGCGCUCGAGUGUAAAUGAUGCUGAUUUUGAAGAUCAAAUUAUUCAACAUUUAGCUGUUGCUGCAGCGGUGAGGAGAGCGAACCGAUCCCGUCCAUCUACCCCAAGAAAAUCUGAGAGAAAUGAAGCAUCGCAACUGUUCCAGGACCUUCAAACUCAAAGCUCUUCUUCAGCUUCUGGAUCUACUGUCAUGGCUACAAGUCGCCUAAGAAUUUUCACCAGUGAUAGAGGCUAUAGUACUCUUUCUUCACCAGAAAACCAAGAUACAGCAGGGCCAUCAGAGCCACAAUCUGAUUCGCUGCGGGCCAGACUCCAUGCGAUGUCCGCGAGGUACAAAGAAUCAAUCUCAAAGGGCGCAAGGGGAUGGAGGGAAAAGUUUUUCUGUCGUAGUUGUUCUAUGUCAGAACUUGGUUCAGAAAAAAGGAGGAGAGAGAUGAAUGGUGAGAUUGCUAGUGUAUCCCGAUUAAAGGAGCCCCUUGAAACUAGUGAAAAUAAUAAAGCUGAGGGUACUUCUUUGUCAAGUCAUAUGAAGGAUGGUUCCGUUGGAGGGGCGAGCAACCAGAACGAUGUUGAUGCUAGUGGGGAAAACUCUUCAAAUGAUGACAAUAUUCCAUCUGCUUGA